UGCGCUCAUAAGCAGUGAAGCUACAUAAAGCAGUUAAGACAAGCAGCGCUACACUACAUGCGCUGUCAAAUAUAUAACCAGCUUUCUAAAGCAAGGGCAUACUUUUACAGAUGCUCUACUUAAAACACAGACUUCCACAAAAGUAGUUUUUAUGAAAACAAAAACAUUAAAAGAAAAAGAAAACCAACAACAACAAAACUAUUUUUAUGCAGUAAAUAUAUGCGCAGCAAUACCUGGUCCUAUCACAGAACCUCUUCCUGUAACAGCUAAUUUCUAAACCGUGCCCGACUUCACUAAAGGACUUCCUGAGAAUACACUGUCAGUGCUGUGUUAGUUAGCUGGGAUGCGCGCUGACAAUAUCUACGAUUACGAAAGCUGUCUGCAGUUUAAAAUGACUUGCAGUUUGGGUUGGAUACAAAGAUGGGAUGGAAGGAAUUGACUGAACGAUAGCGACAUAUCCGAGAUGCAGAAGAUGCCGAAGCUUAUAAACAAGAUUUAAAACAGGAUUUGUAGUUCUUCACGUUUUCAUCUAGGAGCCCUGGGAACACUGUGGACACCAUGGAUGUCUUUACCGUUCCUGCUUGGGAUGUCGGCUUAAGAGGAAUCAACCAAUCUACUGUUGAGAAAACACACAAUGAAACAAUGCAAGGCCUGCCCCUACAGGGUGUAAGCGCUAUCAUCAUCCCUAUAAUUUAUUCCAUAGUGUUUGUGAUCGGACUUGGCGGAAACACUUUGGCCAUCUAUGUGGUCCUUCGGUACACCAAAAUGAAAACUGUUACCAACAUUUACAUUCUAAACUUAGCGGUGGCCGAUGAGCUUUUUAUGCUGGGAUUGCCUUUCCUUGCCACACAUAAUGCCCUAUCCUAUUGGCCUUUUGGAUCCUUCCUCUGUAGACUUGUCAUGACAGUGGAUAGCAUCAACCAGUUUACCAGUAUCUUCUGCUUGACUGUGAUGAGCAUUGACCGCUAUCUAGCUGUGGUGCAUCCCAUCAAGUCCACCAAGUGGCGUCGGCCCAGAAUAGCCAAGAUGAUCAACGCAACUGUCUGGAUACUGUCCUUCAUCGUUGUGCUACCAGUGAUCAUAUUUGCUGACGUCCAAGAAAGUAUACAGACUUGCAACAUCAACUGGCCAGAACCAACAUCAGUCUGGUCCACUGCUUUUAUCAUUUACACAUCAGUUAUAGGGUUUUUCAUCCCUUUGCUGGUGAUUUGCCUGUGCUACAUUCUGAUUGUGGUCAAACUCAAAUCAUCUGGUUUAAGAGUCGGGUCAACAAAGCGAAGAAAGUCUGAAAGAAAAGUCACCAAAAUGGUGGUCAUUAUCGUGGUGGUAUUCAUAUGUUGCUGGCUACCCUUCUACAUCCUGAAUAUAGUUAACCUGAUUGUCAUUUUGCCAGAAGAACCUCUCCAGAUCGGAGUGUAUUUCUUCGUCGUGGUCAUUUCUUAUGCCAAUAGCUGCGCCAACCCCAUCCUAUAUGGUUUUCUGUCUGACAAUUUCAAACAAAGCUUUCGAAAAGUGCUGUGCUUUCGCAAAGGGAAUGGUAUUGAAGACGGUGAGACCAACACUCAAAGGACAGAUAAAGUCGUCCUUCAGGAACUGAUUUUAACCACAAAAAACAACGAUUUCAACGGCCACAUGCAAACAAGUCAGAUAUGAAGGAAGUUCCAGAUUCAUUAUGACACUAACAAUGUGUAAAAAAAAAACAUGACUUUUAGAAAGGUGUAUAGAUCACAGAAUGAGUCAUGUGGAAUUAAUUUGACAGACCAAAUUUUAAACUAAGUCAUCUUAAUUUAAUGAUUCAGUUCAAUGACUGAAUGGCUACAUCUUUCAAAAUAGCUGUGAGAAGAGCUGAGAAGUUUUGUGACCUUUUACUCUCAUCAAGUCCUGAUUGCCUAAAAAGAAUAUUCCAGUGCCAAACUAAUUAUCCGAUUCACAUCUUAUCCGUCACAAUAGUAGACUUCACAGCUCAUUUGGAAUAGUCCAGUUUCGUUACAAACAGUAUAUGUUUUAUUGAUACAUUUUUCAAUAGAGGUUAGGGGUUGGGUAUAAAAAGUUUGCAAUACGAAGAGAUACUUUUGCCCAACUCAGACCUAUUACUUACUAAAUAGCUUUAUAUCCCUGAAUAGAUCGUUGUCCCAUCUUCAAAUACAUGCAAUCAUUUUUAAAGCGCAGUAGUACCCCAAAUAUUAGUAGUACCCUAGUCCUUCGUUUUACCGUGGCAACUAACAAGAUUGAAUGAAUGAAUAUUAAGAUUAUAACCCAGGUACUGUGCUCAGCACUGCCUGUCAUAGCGUCUAAAAUGUUGGAUUCCUCCUGACGCAAUAAUGUGAUUGAUAAAACAUGGAUUGCUACUCAGAUCUAUGGUCUCUUUGAAUUCUUACACAAAAAGGAUUGGAAAUAGCAGAAACUCCUCAUAUUGCUCUACCCUGUGUCUGUGACAGUGAAUGUGUUUCCAAAAAAGCCAAAAAUGUGUAUAAAUGCAUGUAACAAGUUCUUACGUCUAGUCUUUUCUGCAAGGAAUAAACAGCUACAGUUUUGUGGCACACCAGCAUGGAGUUAUUUUCUGCUUUGCUUGAACUAUUAUAUUUAAAUACUUUGAUGUAGUCUAUAUAUAUAUAUAUAUAUCCAGAGGUGAUACUGGUUAUUUGUUGAGCAUACACACACACAAGCUUUAGGUUAAUUAAAAUAUUCAUUAAAAAGGACACUUAUAUUUUCCUUGUAGUAUCAAUACAGCUGCCAGUUGAUUAGAACCUAUAUGCAAACAAUGUUAGAGGCUUUCAAUAUCAAACUAAUACUUACUGUCCUUGAUGUGCUAAGUGGUUUCACUUGUAGGAAAUAGUAGGAAAGACCAGUAAAAAGAACACAGACUUGUUUAGGAGUCUCAUGCAACAGUGCAACAUGUUCACUGUCCUUUAUUUUUAGAGGGGAUAUGCUAGCAAGAAUAUCAGCUUAUGGACACACAGGAGCCCUUUCUGCAAACAAGGGCAAAAUGCUGAAAUGCCCCUUUUAUGUCCUUACUACAGCAUACUACAGUAUUUGGUCAUGGCAUCAUUGUACAGUAAAUCAUACAAUACACGGUUAACAAAAACUGUGUCGAUUGACAUUUAUCUGGCAAUUUUAGCAAGCCACAAUUAUAAUUAUCUGUGUUACAGUUUUUUUCAUAUUUGGCACUUCACUAGAAGUGUGGCUGUGCCAUAAUUAAAAUGUGUUUUCGUUGUUGUGAAUUUGCUUCAGGAACAAGUGUUUAGUGAACUUUUUGCUAAUGUGGCCCUAGAUUGAGGAACAUUCAUAUAGACUUUGUGUACUGGUAAGUGUGCUACAGCUCUGUCUAUGUACUAUCAAGCUAAUGCUUACAGAUGAUACAAAAUUAUUUUGAUAAUGUAUAGUAUUUGGCUUUUAAAUGUAAAGAUUAUUCAGCUGCGUAGUGGUGUUGUGUCUUAUCAUGGAUUAUAUUUAUAUUACUAUUUGUGUUACUAUUUGUAUAAUCAGGGUUUAUUGACGCUGGUUUAAUCAGUGCAGGUGGGGAACUUUGAAUCAAACUUGUGACAAAUGAAAAUAUUCUGUAUGUUUGCAAUGUACACUGUUAAUUAAUCUCUGUAUACAAGUGCAUUAUGUAUCUAUAUAAUAUUGUGUAUUGAACUUGUAACAAACUGAAAAAAUAUCUUGUACAUGUGUAUUUAUUUGGUUCUAGUUUAAGUAAAAGUCUGUCCAAAGCUUCAGUUUGUUUGUCUCAGUGGUGUUUCUGUAUGGUGCUUUUUCAUCAGUAUUGUGCUGAAGGUACAGACAUACAUACAGCAUAGCAUAUACUGCUGCAUAUUAAUAUUCUAACAAAAAAAUCUAUACAGCAACAGAAGGCAUAACCUGGGGGACGAGGACUGGUAAACUGCAAAAUUACUGUAUUAGCUUACGAUGGUUUAUGAUGACAUGCAUUCAUGUUUUUACAUAGUGCUGAAAUAGUACAUUAUCAAUGUUAUUAAGGAGCUGUCUGUUACCAGUUAAUAUUGAGUUGUGCUUCUAAUAAAAUGUAGUAAAUAA